UCGAAACGAAGCGCCUUCGCAGCGCUCGCCACUUUCCUCUCCUACGAGGUCGCGGAGGAUUGUUUUCUCGUAACAAUCGAUCGGUUCUACACUCGUGGCCUUGAUCGAUACCGUGAUCCCUCUUCCUCUCGGACGUCCUGUCCCAUUCGGGCGACCGGUGCCGGUAAAUCGUGUAACGGUGGUGCGGAUGCUUCUGUACUCGAUGGUGGUUGGUGAAGACAGCUGCAGGAAACGCUUCAGGGGACCUGUUCUCUUCUCUUGAAGUUCCGUCGCAGUCCUGAGGGAUCUAGGAUCAUGGCAUCGUACAGGAGCUACGGUGAUGUAGGAGCAUAUAGAAGCAGAACCGGCGUCGGCAUCGCUAGCACAUUCGGUAGGAAUGCUUCCGGUGGAAGUAACCUGCCAAGCUGUAGAAGCAGUUAUUCCGGAGUCGGAUCGAGUUCUGCUCGAGCUAUUGCCAAGGAACGGGCGCUUGCUGGUUUUGGAGGCACUUUUCUUAAAAAAGAUAAAUUCGAGGAAAAACCGGCAUUCAAAUAUUCAUGCACUAAAGACACCGAUAAAAGUCGAUUGCAUCCCGGAAGAUCGUCGUCUGAAGACGUGAGGGCGAAAAGUCCGCUAUCUGAUAGUAGGUCGUCUCUCCUUGAGAAGUACUCGUUCUCAGCUGGCAAAACAUCGGAGAGGCCGUCUUCCGUGUUGGACAGAUAUAACCGACCGGCUUCGCGGGAAAAGAGCAGAGAGCCCGAAGGAAUAUCGAGGUACGGAUCCAGCACAUAUCCCGGAUCGAGUUUCGCCCGAAGUUACGGCAACGAUGGUAGAAUCGAAAAGAAGGACCAUCCGCCAGUCUCCUACAGAGGAUUACGUUCCAAUUCCGGAAAAACAUCGCGCGAGCCCAGUCCGGAAGUCAGUGUCGGAAAAACGAAUUCCUACAGGGUCUAUUCAAGAGCGCCGUCUUACGGUCGUUCAGCUGCUUCGCCUAGCACGUCCGAAUCGAGCUCGGCUACAAUCUCGACGAGAUUUGGCUCGACAGCUGGCUCGCGAUUUCUUUCAUCGCGAAGUGGCAACGAACGAGUGUCCACAAGUGUAAACUAUCCCGCAGGAGGAAGAUUUCGAAAUUUGAACAGUAAAUCGACUAAUCAGAAAGAAGAAGAAGAAGAAGAAGAAGAAGAGUCAAGGCUUACUGUAAAAUCUGACAAAGAUGGUCACCACGAGUUGUCAAAAAUUACAAACCGAGUAGAAGAGAACGAAACUAACAAUAAACUUCCGGACAACGAGUUUGUGACGCUAACGGUGGUGACAAGAAGUACUUCACCGACACCUCCAGCUUCUUCGUCUUAUGUCAGAAACAGGCGAGCGGAGAUCAAUGUUGUUCAUCAAAAAGAAGUGAUUAGAUUUCGAAAAUUGCCGAAUACUGUGGAUGAAGAGGUACAGUGUGAUCAAAUGGAAGAAACAUCAAGAUUCUCGAGGUAUGGCAGCAAUAGAGUAUCUGGUGCACCCUGGUCGACGUACUUGGAUAAAUACUCAGGUGCAUCAUCAGCUGGAAGUCCAUCUAUAUAUUCGUCCAGAGGAUUUACUAAUGCGAGCUCUUCUAGUAGACUUAACAACUUCGCGUAUACGAGAACGAAUGAAGCAUCAGCAACUACGAAAAGUGAAUCUUCUGCCAGAGAAAUUUGUGGUUCUGAUACUAAAAGUCAAAAUGAGAAACUUCUCGGUUUGAAUUGCACAACAACUAACGACGAGACAGCGUCCAAUGACUCGAAGACAUCGUCAAGCGGUCAAGAUAUUCAUUGCGUAAAUAAAGAAGACAGAAUUCACGGUAGCGAACGAUGUUGCUGUGGUGCACGAAAGAUUGAAACACACGGAAACAGUAAUUUAAGUAAUUUAAGAAGCUCCAAUCAGAAUCUUGCAUUUUAUCGCAGAGAAGAUUCAACGCAGGAUACGCAGAAUGCAUCGAGAUGUGACGAUUAUAACCAAAGAAGACCGUUCAUUCCGCGACUGGAACGUACUUCUUCAAAGAAUGAUGUAAAAAUUCCUAAAUGUUCUUCAAAGACUGAAAUAACAUCAUCGAAAUCCGAUGCAUACAGCGAAAGAAGAGGAUCCACUCCGAAAUCGGAUGCCAGCUCCUCUUCUAGAACCGGAGAGUCUCUUCGAAUUGUCGAAGGGCAUUGUCAAGACCAAAAUGAAGAAACUAUUUCUCAAAAGCGUGAUGUUUCGCAAAGAAAAGAUUCGACAUCGAGCGGUUCUUCGCAAAGUCGCUCGGCAUCAACAUCGCAGACUCGGAACGUAUCGACGAAGAAUACGCCGCGUCAAAUGACGCGAACCGGCUCGUCAGACGGAUCUUCUGUAAGCAUGCCAAUUGGCAGAUCGAAAUCAUCGUCCGCUAGUUCGGUGACGAGUCAGGGUAUAAAAAUAAAAACGACAACGCCGCCAUCGUCCGGGAAAUCAUCGGCCGGUUCGAUCCUGCCGUCAGUGAAUCUACGACAAGGCGGUUCGCCGGACGCGCGCGGCAAACCACCUGUGCCGAAAAAUGAUACUACGACCGCCGCCACGCCGAAGUGUACCGUGGCAACGAAGUACGUGAACAAGGACUUCCGCAAGUCGACCUUGAACAUGGAGAACGGUGACUUGUGCUCCAAGUACGCGAGAAGAAAGAAAAGUCAAAGAAACAUUUCUGUCAGCGCUCAGGAUUUCGAAACGGCAUCGGAACGGCAUGUUCCCCAAGCAGUUUCUUCGGGAUCCUUCACCUCAACGAAGUCCGGUCGAUCGAGGUUCAGGACUCCGUCGGGAGAAUCGAAGCCAAUGCUUGGGAGGAACGGCUCGAAUAGUUCACCGAAAUGGGAAGAAACGAAAAGCGGGUCAAAGUCACCUUGCGGAACAAAAAAGAGGCCAUCUGGGACAUUCAGUUCCAGCAAUAGUCAGUCGACCUCUGCGAAUUCCUCCAGCAGCGAGGAUGAUGACGAUCGUACGGACAAGACGGGUUCGAGACGGAGAAGAAAGAGAACGUUAGAAUCGCCCGCGCGCGAAGUAAAAGGUAAAAUCAGUGCGGGAUCGUCGAGGACGAGCGUAUUGGCGUCGUCGGCCGAUGAUAUGUCAAUGAUGACGGAGAAACCACCUAGGCCACCCUCUAGUCCAAGAUCUAAGAGUGAUCGUUCCGCGAAGACGGAAGAGGCCAAGUCCUUCCUGAUGAGAGCGCUGGCGCCAAUGACGAAUUUCUUUAAGAACAAGAAUCAAGAUUCCGAUGAUACAAGUAAAUCAGAUGGUUGGGUUGACUCCUUUGAGGAAAACCACGAAGCCAGUAACAAGUCAGGACAGCCGCUAUCAUCUUCGAGAUCAGUCAGUCAGAAUCUGUCAAAAGGUCCUAGUUUCAGUAAUUCUCAGAGAAGCGACGGAAUAAGGGGAAAUAAUAUAAAGAUUCAGCGUCAGUCUUCGGACGAAAAACCAUGGUGGUUGGAUCCAAAUUCCGAUAACAUUCCCGAGGGGAUUCAAAGGGCUAGUCCAUGGAAUAAUGAUGUUAGUCAGGAAACAACAAUCAGCACAGCCUUACCGGAUGAUGGUAAAAUUUGGCGACAAGGAUCAGAAGAAUAUGCCUGGUGGUUGGACGACGUUGCAGCGGAAGAAGCGAAAAAAUCACCCUCGCCGGUAUCCCCUAUUUCGAGACGGGGCUCCAGUCGAGGCAGUAUUCGAUCAGUUGAUCGACGAAAUCGCAUCAGGCAUCAGCAGUCCGGCGAACGAGCGUGGUGGAUGAGUGACGACCCCGAGAACGUUCCGGAGGGCAUCGAGGUCAUCCCGGUGGCGUCUGCCGAUAGUCAAAGUACCGACAACCCUGUCGAUAACGAGAGCCUUUACUCUUCGAAGCCGCUUAAGAAAAUCCGACAUGUCGAAUCCGGGGAGAAGGCAUGGUGGAUGGACAGCUCCUCCAACGUUCCUGACGGGGUCGUCAGAAUUCCCGUGGAAAUUCCCAACAGCACUUCCGACUCCUCCGAGUCAUACGAGAAGAUCGAUAUCGGCGUUAACCCUGAACCUGAGACGUGUGUCAAGAGAAGCCUCUCUAGAUUUCCUAUCGAAUUUCCGCCGCCACCAUCCGAGCCCUUGGGAGAUCGUGCUAGUCCAGAAGGGGUAGAGAAUCCACCUGAUCCGCCGGACAAUUAUGGACGAAAAUCUCCUUACGACAAUGUGAAACCGGCACCCCGAAGAUUGCCACCCCGGAAACGACCUUCUACGUUGCCGUUAUUUAUUGGCGAGGAUACUGACAUCGAUCACGUGCUCGGUGAUACAGCUGUUCUGUGCCACAGCCCUGUUCUCUCCCGUAUUCAUAAACAGGAACGCGUCGAAGAGGACUCUUCCGAAGACAAUUCAGAGUGUGAAGAAAUAGAUGCAACUCAGGUCAUUAUUCAUGAUAGCACGCCAAAAACACCAGUAAUUCAACGAAGAAAUCGGUAUGUUUUAUAA